AUGUCGGAAAAGGCGAUCGAGGAGAAUGUCAUCUCGUCUCAACCGUCCCACGGCCCCGCAGAGCAAGUCGCACAGGAUGAGCUCGAGCACCAGAAGACCUUUGAGAAUAUCAUCCAAAAUGCUCAGAGCGCCACCGAAAAAGAGCACAAGAUGAGCUUGUGGCAGGGCAUCAAGCUCUAUCCCAAAGCCGUUGGUUGGAGCAUCUUGAUCUCGACCUGCAUCUGUAUGGAGGGCUAUGAUGUCUGCUUGUUGAGCAACUUCUAUGCAUUCCCUCAGUUCCGGAAGAAAUACGGCGAACAACUCCCCGAUGGCAGCUACCAGAUUCCCGCCCCCUGGCAAUCAGGCCUCAGCAACGGCGCCAACGUCGGUGAAAUCAUUGGUCUCUUCAUCAACGGCAUCGUCUCUGAGCGUUUCGGCUACCGCUACACCGUCAUGACUUGCCUGACCCUGAUCAUCAUCUUUACGGCUAUCUUCUUCACCGCACAGACCGUGGAGGCUCUACAGGUCGCAGAGAUCCUUUGCGGCAUCCCCUGGGGAAUCUUCCAAACUCUUACCAUAACAUACGCCUCGGAAGUCUGUCCCGUUGCACUCCGAGGGUAUCUAACAACCUAUGUGAACUUCUGCUGGGGCCUCGGGCAGGUCGUGGGGAUAGGAGUUAUCAAGUCUAUGUUGCCUCGAGACGAUCAGUGGUCAUACCGGAUACCAUACGCCCUUCAAUGGAUGUGGCCUGCACCACUCCUAGUUGGAAUUUUCUUGGCUCCAGAAUCACCCUGGUGGCUUGUCCGCAAAGGCCGUAUUGAUGACGCAAAGAAAUCACUGCUUCGACUGACCUCGCUCAAUCGAGAAACCGACUUUGAUGCCGACGAAACGAUUGCGAUGAUGGUGCACACAACCGCGCUAGAAGAAAAGAUCACAAGAGGCGCGACGUACUGGGACUGCUUCAAGGGAUCAGAUUUGCGACGGACUGAAAUUGUGUGCAUGGUUUGGGCCAUCCAGAACCUCUCCGGCAACUCUUUCUCCGGAUACUCGACAUAUUUCCUCGAACAAGCCGGCCUAGCGACGAGCAAAUCCUAUGACUUCGCCCUCGGCCAAUACGGGAUCAACAUGGCCGGCGUAUUUGGUGCCUGGUUCCUGAUGACCUUGGGCAUCGGGCGCCGAUCACUCUACCUCUACGGCCUGUGCGGCUUAUUCUCCAUGCUCUUCAUCAUGGGAUUUUUAGGGCUCGUUCCUGACGCUCACAGAGACUCGGCUGCGCUAGCUACGGGAUCGAUCAUGCUGGUAUGGGCGCUGUGUUAUCAACUUACUGUAGGCACUGUCUGCUACUCUCUCGUCGCCGAACUGUCCACGCGCCGUCUCCAAAUCAAAACCGUCGUCUUGGGUCGCAACUUGUACAACGUGGUUGGAAUUGUUUGCUCCGUCCUGACGCCAUACAUGCUCAACCCAGGUGAGUGGAACUGGGGCAACUACGCGGGUUUCUUCUGGGCGGGGAUCUGCUUCUUUUGCAUCAUCUACACGUAUUUCCGCGUUCCGGAGCCGGCAGGUCGCAGUUUUGCAGAGCUGGAUCUUCUGUUUGAGAGAGGCGUAAGUGCGCGGAAGUUCGCGAGCACGCACGUCGACGUCUUUGAGGAGGGUGUGGUCCAUGAAACGGUCGAAGGAACGGGAACCUUGAGAGAUUACGAGCAGAAGAGAGGAAGUGUCGUGCAUGCAGUCAUGGGUGAGGAGACAAUGCCUCCUAGGAAAAUGGUCUAG